AUGGUUGCCAUUCGGUCUCUGCACCCGCUCCCAGUCGAGCAAGGCUCUCCUCCCUCCGCCACUCGCAAGUCUUAUUUCGACGCGCCUUUACCUAACCUCCCCUGCUGGCCCGCUCCAUCCGCCAAUGCCGCAGCGUUCGCCGCCACCAGCGGCGCGCGACGCGCUGUGCAGUCCUCCGCUGCGGGAACCGCGGCGGGAUCCGCGGAGUCGGCGCAGCAGUUGGGGACAGUGUCGGUGGGGGUGGACGUGGAGGAAGGGGAGGACGGCGGACACGUGGGACCAAUGAUGAGCCGCCAGCUGUUGCGGACGGCACGUGGCGGCGAGCUGAGCGACGACGAGGAAGAAGUGGACGGCAGCACGGCGAUUCCGAAGAUUCGACGAGUGCCGGAGCAGGAGCAGCGGAUGCUAGCGGCGGUGGACAUGGGCACCAACUCGUUCCACAUGGUCGUCGUUAAAGCCGACAACAAGGGGCGCUUCGAGAUCGAGGACGUCGAGAAGGAGGACGUGCGGCUCGGCAGCGGCAGCUCGGGGUUCGCUGUGAUCACCCCUGAGGCGGAGGAGCGAGCGCUGGCGGCCGUGCGACGGCUGAAGCAGAUCGCGAAAACGCGCGGCGCGGCGAUCCGCGUCGUUGCCACGUCAGCAGUGCGCGAGGCGCGCAACCGACGAUCGUUCGUCCGCCGCGUGCUGGACACCACCGGGAUUGACGUGGAGGUGCUGUCCGGACAGGAGGAGGCCUGCCUCAUCUACCUCGGUAUUCUCCAGGCCCUCCCAGUGUAUCACAAGACAGUGCUCACGGUGGAUAUCGGAGGCGGGUCAACGGAGUUUGUGAUUGGUCGGGAGGGCAAGCCGCUCUUCGCCACGUCACUCAAGCUCGGCCACAUUCGCCUCACUGAGAAGUUUGCAUGUGGGUGUGCUUGUAACGUAGAUGUUUUUCGGUUCGCGUGCAAAUGUGCUUGUAACAAGGAUGAUCGUUGCACAGUAUUGCUCGUCCCUCGGUUCCUCCUCUCUUCCCUGUCCCUUGGCCUUCCGCUCCUGUCCUCCCUUCCCUCCUUCCCUGUCUCCUGCAUUUCCUCCCAUUCAUGGCUCCUCCUCGUCCUUCCUCGCAGCGGGGGAGUGUCCCACCGGCAGCAGAUUCUGGAGAUGCGGCGAUAUGUGCGCGUGCUGCUGGCGGAUUCAGGCGUGCUCGAGGUGGUCAAGGGGGCUGAGAACGAAAUAGAACUGGCGAUCGGCAGCUCGGGCACCAUUGAAACAAUCGAGCAGAUGAUCCACCAAUCGCGGGCCAGCGGCACUAUCAGCACGGGCAGCGCUGCAACCAUCGCCACCACCAGCACCAGCGGCAGCAGCAGUGGGAGCGGGAGCAGCAGCAAUGGCUCCUUGGUGGCAUCUGGGGGGCAGAGCGGGAGGAGCAGUGGUGGCGGUGGGAAAGGAGGAGGAGGGGCUGCCAGUGGCGUCACCCAAAGUCAGGAGGCUGUCCUUCGUCGUCUAGCCGACCUGAAGGACCGUGAGUUCACCCUGGAAGAGCUCUCCGCCGUGGUCAAGAAGAUCUGCAAGGCGAAAACCCCUGAGGCGCGCGCAAAGCUGCCCGGGCUGCCCGAGAAGCGCGCGGACGUGAUCCUGGGCGGCGCGAUUCUCCUGGAGGAGAUUUUCCUGGCGAUGGGGAUCAAUAAGAUGCGCGUGUCUCCGUACGCGCUGCGGGAGGGCGUGAUUGUGGACACGCUGUCAAGGACCUUCACUGAUUUCAGCAUUACACCGGACCUAAGGCGCAGCUCUGUGCUGAAGAUGGCCGGGAAGUUUAACACUGGGCUGCGGAAGGAGUCGGCUCUGCACUGUGCACGCCUGGCUCAGCAAAUCCUGGCUGGCAUGCAGACGUGCAAGAUGGGCGGCUCAGAUUGCGUGUCGCCGAUGAUGGCUCUUUUGGACGGCAACGAUUUCGAGGUGCUGGAGGCGGCUACAGUGCUGCACUACGUGGGCAUGUUCAUCUCCCACAAGGGCUACCACAAACAUUCCUACUAUCUGAUCAAGCAUUCGGAGCAGCUGCUGGGGUACUCGCCGAUGGAAGUCGAGAUGAUAGCCCUUCUGGUCCGCCACCACCGCAAGCGCCCGCCCUCCAGCAAGGACGAGGACUUCGCCAAGCUGCCCCCCGUGGUGCAGCAGAAGAUCAAAGCCCUCUGUGCCAUCAUGCGCAUCGCUGUGGCGCUUGAUCGCUGCUACACGGGCGCUGCUGCCAGCGUGCUCGUGCUACAGGACGACGAUUCUUGUGUGCUGGCGGUGACCCCGGCAGUGGACCCUCUCACAGGGGCGGCACAGGACGUGUCUCUGGAGAUGUGGGCUGCACGGGGCGAGCUUGAAUACUUCCACAAGAUAUUUAAGAAGGCGCCGUCAAUAGUCAUUGCGGAUGACCUUGAUACCGACCUGCUGCUUGCAGAGCAGUCCAGGAGCCUCAGCUCUUAA